CACGAUGUCUCUUUGGAGGUCUGUCGGCCUGCAUCUCGUGCUGCUCCCCUAGUGGAUACUGUACUUAUAUGUGUCUUGAACACCUUUCAUCCUUUAUGCUCGUCGCUCAAAACGCGGAUCUCGCGACCUUAGCCGAAUCGCGCAUGCUGCGCGGAAGACUUUGGUUUCGAUCCUUUUUCCAACAAAUACACCUGUCCCAGCGUCUGCAAUAGCGUUAACGACUAUGGCGUGGAGGUCAUUGGCCUUCCUACUCGUCUGUAGCGUACUUCGAGCCGUUCGCGCUCAUGAACAUCACCAUGAUUUGUCAGAAAUAGACCUGACGAUAGGUUUCGACUGGAUGAUAUGGACGCAUAUGGUGAUUCAAGCCUUUGUCUGGGGUAUCUCUUUUCCACUUGGCAUGGUCCUUGGCAUGACCAAGUCCAAGUACCAUGUCCCACUACAGAGUACGAACGUCGUUCUCGUAUUCAUCGCCAUGUGGAUGGGACAUCAUCAUGGAGGCAGAGAGUUCCCAGCAACCGUCCACGGAAUCAUGGCAAAGAUCAUCUGGUGGAUCAUGAUACUCCAAGCGUCAAUGGGCAUCUUCCUCAAGUUUCAUGUCAUGGAGAAGACUGUCCGACGAUACGUCGUUCCGGUCCAUGGCGUGCUGGGCAAAAGCUUCCCAGUGCUCGGAUGGACUCAAAUGGUCUUUGGAGCCGCGACGGCUCUCAACUUCUGCCGAGGUGGCGAGCUGGGCCAAUGCGCCGCUCACUAUAUCAUGGGCUCUGCUUUCAUCGGAUAUGCUGUGAUACUCGUGAUCAUGCUGCAAUUGGGUGGGCGUUGGCUGGCAAAGGUAGGAUGCAGUCAAGAGAUGCUAGACAGUUCGGUCAUUACAGCUUGGGGUAUCGUCAAUGCUUUCACUGAGCACCAUGGUGGUCCAUGGACGCAUAAAGAUAUGCAACAUACCAUGUUGGGCGUCUUGUGGUGGGCAGGUGGAAUGCUAGGGAUCUUUCUGAGCAGAGGAGGCAAACGGUCCUUCGUUCCAGCAGUGAUCAUCAUCAUGACUGGAUGGGGUAUGAGUGCUCACGAGCAAGCGCUCAUGAUCUCUUCCAAGAUUCACGGACUUUUCGGGUAUGCCCUCAUUGCAGCGGGUGUAUUGCGAAUAGUCGAAGUAUGCUUUGUCCUGAAUGAUGGACCGACCCCACCUGGAAUCGUCAGAGUCUUCCAGCAGCUCCCGCCCUAUCUUCUCGUGCUCGGUGGUGUGCUAUUCAUGUCCGCCACAGACGAGGAGAUGCACCACGCUGACAAUCUCGGCAUUGAUCAUGUCUCGUAUGCACUCUUCGACUUCUCCCUGUCGUUCCUGAUCUACCUCGUCAUCACCUUCAUGGUGCACAUGUAUCAAACAACAGGACAGAAUGCGCUCUCCGCCGAGGAAGCGGCAAAUCACCCAGAGGGUCAAGAAUCAGGCUAUGCGAAGCUUCGACAACGCAAUGUGUCACAGGACGAUGGCCCUGAUGGUCCAGAGGCAUACGAACUGGCUGAGCAGGAUGAUCCGGUAGUUUUCGAAUCUGUCAGAGGCGGUCAAGUAAACGGACAUCCACCAGAGAUGGACGAAAGGGACGAAGUCGAUUGGCUACAUAAGGAUACGCGGAAUGAAAAUCGUGUGAGAUUGUAGAACAAACGAGCCCACAGUGUGACCAUUCUUUGUUGUUGCUAGUCAUCAUUCAUGCAUCGAUAUCCACU